ACUGCCCCGGCUCUGAUGCUUGUGCUGAUUUCAGUGUGUUAGAACAAUGUUAAUCUGUGUGAGUGUUUCCUUUCCUCUUUGCCUAAUCUGAGUACACCUCAGCAGCACCUUGAGCCAAGGAAAGUCUGGUUUGAGAGUGUCAGGUGAAACUGGGAUCUGCCUGCACUGGGGUUUUGAGAUGUCUUUUGAGAGUGGGAUGAACCAAAGUGCAGAUUGUUGAGAUAUUUUUCUUCCUGUCAAGAGCAUAUCUGACCCUGUUCUCUGCUUCCACUCCUUGUUUAGGAGGCAGCACAUCUCUCUUCCAGGGACGCUGCACCUAGUCUUUGACAAUGAAGUUCAACUUGUUCAGAAGGCCACAGGCCGUGGCAGCCGCCGAGCCCACUGGUGCCACCACCAUGACCAUGGCUCCCACCUCGGCUUUCAUCUCCACGUCUGCGCCGGACACCUCUGGCUCCAACAACACAGAGAUCAGCAAAAACGACAUGUUUGAGGAGAUCAAGAGCAAAUUCUUGAAUGAAAUUGAUAAAAUCCCACUGCCUCCGUGGGCUCUGAUUGCCAUAGCUGUGGUGGCUGCAUUGCUCAUCCUUACCUGCUGCUUCUGCAUAAUCAAAAAAUGCUGCUGCAAGAAGAAGAAGAACAAGAAAGGGAAGAAGGGCAAGGACGGCUUCAACAUGAAGAACAUGCAGGGCGAGGAUGAUGAUGAUGACGAGGGAGAGACCGGACUGACGGAAGAGGAGAAAGAGGAGGAGGAGAAAGAACAAGAGAAACUGGGGAAGCUGCAAUAUUCUAUAGAUUAUGACUUUGAGAAUGCAAAGCUCACAGUUGGCAUCCUUCAAGCUGCGGACCUCAUCUCCAUGGACUCGGGUGGAACCUCCGAUCCUUACGUUAAAGUCCUGCUCCUACCUGAGAAGAAGAAGAAGUAUGACACCAAAGUCCACAAGAAAACACUGAACCCUGUCUUCAAUGAGACAUUUGUAUUCAAGGUGCCCUAUGAGGAGCUUGGUGGGAAGACUCUGGUGAUGUCUGUUUAUGACUAUGACCGAUUUUCCAAACAUGACGUCAUUGGAGAGGUGAAGAUUCCCAUGAACACCAUCGACCUCGGACGGCCGAUCGAGGAGUGGAAGGAUCUGGAGAGUGCUGAUCAAGAGGAGCCUGAGAAACUUGGAGACAUCUGCAUCUCCCUCCGUUACGUCCCCACCGCCGGGAAACUCACUGUCUGCAUCCUGGAGGCAAAGAACCUGAAGAAGAUGGACGCCUGUGGAUUAUCUGAUCCUUAUGUAAAGAUCCAGCUGCUGCAGGGGGGUAAGCGUCUGAAGAAAAAGAAGACUACAGUGAAGAAGAACACCCUAAACCCUUACUAUAAUGAAUCCUUCAGCUUUGAAAUCCCGCUGGAACAGAUGCAGAAAAUCUUGGUGGCGGUCACAGUGUUUGAUUAUGACAAGAUCGGUAAGAAUGACGCCAUCGGAAAGAUCUUUGUGGGCAGUAAGGCGACUGGCCUAGGUCUGAAGCAUUGGUCCGACAUGCUGGCUAAUCCACGCCGCCCCAUUGCCCAGUGGCAUCCAUUGCAGCCAGAGGAGGAUAUUGAUGGUCAGCUGGCAUCCUUGGCUGCAAAGAAGUAACAAGCUCCACCAACCAGCUAAUGUACUAACUCAGAAAUCCAACCCCCACCCCUACUUUGCAUGAAACCCAUGACUUAACACAUGACUACUUGUCAUGAAACCUGCUCAGCAAAAAAGAGACAUCUUAGAAUAUCCGCUCAUUCAUGGUUAAGUCGAAAAAACUCUUUUUAAGCAUCACAUUUCACACAUUAGUGUAUAUGCUGAGAGGAGUGGUGUUGAGUUAUCGGGUGACUGGUUACUGAAUGAUUGACUUUUGGUCUUUCUUUCAUUUGAAGAAACUUAGAAACUGAUUCUUAGGGUGCUGACACUGAAUGAAAGUCUUGGUGAAGACAAUGCUGGAAAUAAAGCUUUAGUUUAGUUUAUAGAGCAUGCUUUACUUACCUCCCCACUGCUCUGCAUACACCAUGCCCAGUAUUGUAUCUCGCUAAUAAGUGUGCUAUAACUUGCAAUAGAAAGUACUGUAGUAUUGGGUUAUUUCCUGCAUAGAGUCUGUUUAAGUCUAUUAAUGCAAAAAGAUUUAAUUGUGAAUGAAUGAGGUCAAGGUCACUGCAGCGAUCCAUGUUGCAAUAUAUUUUCAAGAGAAAUCCGCAUAAGUGAUUGUCAUUUUAUCAGCUCACAUUUGAGAAGGAGAUACAUACACUACAGUGCAGUAGUAUACAGUAUGGCAGGGAUGACACAGUUAUCUGAUCUAUGUUGCUUUUUUUGUGUUGCCAUGAAGGCACAUCUAUGCAUUCAACACACAUUUCCGCAUCUUCAGACACAUCUAAUGUAGGACAGGAAUACAAGGGUGCCUUUCCUGAUGUGACACUUUGAAAAAUACAUUAAGCUUCAUUGUUUUAUUUAGAAGGGAAACUUUUUAGAGUGAAUAUCAUUCAAAAGUAGUCAGGGACACUGUGAAUGUGCCAUCUGGAAUCUGUCUUGAGCUGUGUUGACCACUUGGAUGUAAAACCUUACUUAUCUGUGGACAAAGUAAGGACACUAGAAGGCUUACCAAUGAUGUUCAAUCCAAUUCUGACUAUACCUCUUUUGAAUUUUUAAUUGCCUCCUAAAAACAGUGGCAUCAAACUCGUUUUUGUUUUGGUAUCCAUUAAACGGAUUAUAUGUCUUUCUUUGACGAAUGUUGUAGUUUACCAAACAUACUGUAGUACACUUCAAUACUUUAAUAGUUUCUGAUGAAACAACAUGAGGAUUUCUGUCAAAGACAAGAUGUUUUUAUAGAGAAUUGAAUUUGAAAUGUAAGAUGUAGCUGGACUUUUUAAGAGAGCGUGAAUUCAAGUACAAAAUGCAGGUUUGUAAAAUCUCAACACAGCAAAUGCUACAUCAGAAUCAGCUUUAUUGGCCAAGUAUGUGUACACAUACAAGGGAUUUGACUCCGGUUUCUCGUUGAUGUUACAUCAAACAUAUACAGUAAUACAAUAAACAUAUCUUGGACCAUUUGCUUGAACCAAAUAGAGCUGCAGAAUCUAGCAUGUAUCAUGCCUCGCAGUAUUUCAUGUUCUUUGGAUCUCUCACUCAUCAGCCACAAGCUUUGUAAACCUGGAGUGCUGCAAUAUGGUGGUGUUACAACUUCCUCACAGACAUACUGUGUUACUGUGAUAUGCAGAUGUAUGGAGGCAAAAAAAUGCCAAGCAACUCAACACCUAAUUGUGAAGUUGAAUCACUACUGAAUACAUAAUAUUGAAAUUUUAAUACCACUGAAUUCAUAGCAUUGAAAUAUUUUACUUGAAGAACGAUUUAUCUGAAUUCACGUGGUUUGAAUUCCCCACCAUUACAUUGAAAAAACUGAAUGUUUUUUACAUGAAACUAUAUUCAAGUUGCUCAAAUUCAAUUGGUAAUUUCUGGACCUAAAACUUCAAGUCAAGUUCAUUCAGACACCAAAAUUCAGGAUAAAAUAUUUAAUCUUGAAAAUUCAGGCUACCCAGGAUAACCAUCGGAGCCGGAAUGAAAUGAUCAGACCUCUGUCCUACAGCAGUGAUUCCCAACCAGGUGUAUUUGUACCCCUGGGGGUACUUCUGCCAUUGCCAUGGGGUACGUGCAUAGGAGUAAAAUAAACACACAAAUAGGAUUACACAAUAACCAAUAGUUAGAAAACUAGUUAGCAUUAGAAAAUGAUUGAAACGUCCAGCUUCUAUCACUACAAGUAAUACAGUACUAAUGACCAAACCUGAAAAACAGAGCCCAGAAUCACCAUGUCUUAUAUGAAAAACAUAACUGUAACAGUAUCUUACUUAAAAUAACAUCCAGUUCAAAAUCAAUUCAAUUCAAAAAGAUGGUUUUCAAAGUAAAAUAUUUUAAUUCUAUAGUUUCAGUGAUAUUUAAAUUUUAACAUCAAGUGUAACAUUCAGUAGUGGUUCUAUGUCAGAAUUAUGCAUUCAGUUGCGUAUAAAAUUCAUACUAUUAUAGCCCAGUGUUUGCUUCCAUAGUAAAAAAUAAUUCUGCAGGCGGGUGAACAGCAGCACACUGAUUGGUCCAUUCACAAUACUACUUCUUCCUGUUGUUAACAUUAGGCAUCGCGCAAAUUUGUUAAUAGGCUACAGCAUGUAUUUACAAGAUGAUGUAAAUAGUAGCAUGUUUUAAGGAGGAACCAUAAUUAUAUUGUGUAUGUGUGUUUGUGUUAUGUGUCAUUUUUGAUAAUAAAACGGAGUAAAAAAGAGUAUGCACUGACUGCAAAGUGUAUGUAUUUUUGCUGAAUGGGUCUGAAUGUAUGUCUGAAUAAUCCACGCUAGGGUUCACGGGCACCUUUAACGCCUGGAAUUAAAGCAGGGUUGCUUUGUGUAUAAUAUGUAAAAAUCCACGUAGUUUGCCAUAAUGCUGCAUGAUUGUCUGCUUUACUGUCAUCGUUUGUAUGUGUCCUCUGUGUUAAAUCCAGUGUUACAGUAUGCUUGGCCUACAAGUCAUGUAAUUAUUGUUCAUUUCUGCUUGCACUUGCUAUACAGUAUGUGUUGGUUGCUGACCAGAAAACUGUAUAUAUUUAAAAAUAAUAAUAAUAAUAAUAAUAGGAGAAUAUUUGCCGGCUCCUUGAUUUUCUAUCUCAGUGUACCGUAAGUGUUUCCUUCAUUUAUUCCUGCCAGAUGGGUGUCAAGUCUUAGAUUAUUAAAUGUAGAUACAGUGGAUGACUAAAUCGACUUAUAGCCCCUUUUUCCUUCCGUACCUCAUUAAAUUGUACCUUCUCAUCUUAUUCCUAUUCAAAUAAAACUGCUCUCAUAUGUCUGAUUAUACUUUUUAACGUAAGAAAUGAGUGAAGUCAGUCAUUUGCAUAGAAAAUAAACCAAACUUUGUUUUUAAUUUCAUUACACAGUUUUUUUUCAUUAUUACUUCUUUGCUGGAUUAGUUCUGUGAAAUUUUAUUACUGCAUAUUAUUGAUGCAGUCCUCUGAAGUAGCUCCAGUCAUAUAACUAAGCAAUUAAUAAUGUUUUCAUUACAAAUGUCACUUCAUGAAUGAACACACAGUUUAACUAAUGGAUUGCAAUGGGAUGAGCUGGUGUUGUGUCACUUGUGCAUGCUCUGAGAUAUCAAUGCUGUGUCAACCAUGACAUUUCUAAUGUGGGGAUUUGUUUACCCCGUCUGCUUUUUUGAGUCACUGUCAUUUACUUUUUGAUUUACUUUUAGAUACAGUGCAUGAAGAUGAACAAUCCUAAUCUUCAUGACAGUCCAUCUUUUGGAGUAUAAUGUAGCUAUCUCUCUAUGUUCAGGGGGCUGAGAGGAAUACACACCAGACACAUUUUCCAUUUUUAAUAUCUAGUCUAUUCUAAAGAUCCAAUUCCACAAUAUCAAAUUCAAGUUCAGAUCUUAUUGUGGAGGAGUAGCACAUUACAUCCUUUUCUACAACGUGUGUCAGGUCAUUCUGUCCUGGGGUCAUUUAAUAUACUCACUCUCAUAUACGUACAUUAUGCCAUCAGAUUCUGUCUGCUAUUUUAUGUAUUUGCAAUAUGACCAAUAGAGCCUGUAUUUGUUUAUUGGUGUUCUGUUAAUGGACUUUACUAUGUCACUUUUCUGCAAUGCAGGCAACAAAAUCCCCGUCUUCCUGGGUCUCAUAAGCCAUCUUGAGCACAGAGCAAACCCAAACAGUGCAGAACAACAUUCGCAAUGCAAUACUGCCAACCUGCUGCUUCAAUAAUGGUUCCUCUUUAGUCCUCUUAUGUGAACAUAGCCAUGAUACAGAACAUCCAAAGACUUGAUCAUCAUCUUACUCUAUCAUGCAUUCACUUUCCGAGCAACAUAGACAAGGGAAAUGCUUGAACGUCUUUCUUGACUCUUCUUGUUUUUGUCUUGUUGUAGAGGUGUGUCAAUAGUUGUGCCUUUUUGUGAACUGCAUGAUUUCUUUCCGUACAAAAUCCAUGUUUUCCAGCAAAAAAAGGAAACAAAAAGACCAAAAGACUUGUACUCAUAGAUCACUCUAUGUAGAACUGAAUUACUCAAGGGAACCAAAAUAUGGGAUGUGGUCAGGACAUAUCUGUGUGUUGUCAAAAUGUAAUCAUAGGAAAUAAAGGCAUUUUAAGUAGC